CUCGCCGCUCAGUACAACAAUCCAAAAACGCAUGAAACACUGAGGAGAGGAGGGAGUUAGCCAGAGGGAAAAUAGCCACUGCCAUUUCUGGCUAAGCAAAAGCUUUUGGCUUCUUCCUUCCUAGGGUUUAUAAUUUUUUCUGAUUUUUUGGGCUAAUAUUCUGCAACUAAUUCUUAACUCUGUUUCAUAUCCUAACAAAAACUCAAUUUAAACACAAGCACGCCUACGGAUUAUACAUUCUCUACGUUGCCUAGAGCCAUAAGAUCGUCAUUGUUGGAGCGUGUGAAUCAGGGACUCUGCACCUUUCUGAUCUUCUGUUUUUUUUUUUUGCAUUUCAAACUCUGCAAAAAUCGUGUACACUGGUUUUUUUGGGUGAAGUUGUUCAACUUUGGGAAGUUCUCUUCAAACAUUGCUGAAAAGAUCAGAGAUAAAUAGGUGAUUACGCGUACUUCAGCCAAUAGUUUUCUCAUCCUUUGGCUUAAGUGCUUAACCAUGUGGAUGGACAAGAGAGAUGAUGGCCGACUUAACAAGAAGAAAAAUCAACCUUUGUAUUUGUCAAAACAUUCCUUCAAUGAUCUGUCUCAUGUUUCUCCAGUGGUUUUUCUAUACCUGUUGAAGGAAUGCUAUGUUUGUGGAACAUGCAAGGCGACUACUAAAUUUCGAGCUCUACAACAAGUAGUGGUUCAAGUUUUAUACAAUGGUCCUCAACCUGGGCCUGCUGUUUUUGCUGCUCAAUGCCUCUAUGUUUUGCCAAUAUUCGAAUCAUACUGUGAAGGUUUCUCUCAUCUUAUUUUAUCUGCCCUUAGGCGUUUUAUGAAAUUGGGAAGUACACAGAUGGAUAUCUUAGAUGCAAAAUGUUGCGCUGCCAAAUUGUUUCUGGACAUUGUUGGCCGCAGGCUGAUUUAUGAUGAAAGGAUUAUGGUCAAGAUUGUUGAAGUUUUUAAUGUCGAUCUAUCAAACAUAGGGAAAGCUAUCUGUGGUUCACAUGCAAAUAAUGAAACUGGCCAGCAAACAGCUAAGAUAUUUGUUCAGCAAUAUAUUUUAAACUUGAUAGACUGCAAUUCAUAUAUGACUGCAGUUUCUCUCUUAGAGCAGUUUUCUCUCCGGGGGCUGGAGGAGUCUUUUCUACUUAGAAUGAUGGAUAACAAAGACUACAAAGCAGCAGAAAAAUGGGCAACAUUUAUGGGGAAGCAAUAUUUGUGUACACUUGUCCAGGAAUACAUUGACAGGAAACUGGAAAAUGAUGCUUAUGAGGUCAUAAGGAAAAACAAUCUGAGGGAAGAAUUCCCAGAAGCAUAUCAUCAAGGCAAAGAAAGCAAACUAAAGAAGCUUGCUGAAAAAGGAUGUUGGGAUAUUGCUGAGGCAAGGACAAAGAAUGAUAGACAACUUCUUGAGUAUUUGGUUUAUUUGGCCAUGGAAGCUGGGUACAUGGAGAAGGUUGAAGAACUCUGCAAUCGCUACUCCCUUGAAGGUUUCACAAAUACCAAAGAGCUUGAAGCAAGUGCUGUACAAAGCCAUUAUUUGCAACUUAAAGAAUUGUCUAUUGAGGAAGUUGUUUGGGUUGACAACGUGAAGAGCUUGCAAGAUGCUACACACCAUAUUGAGGAAUGUAAAGUCGUGGGCCUUGACUGUGAAUGGAAGCCUAAUUAUGAAAAGGGAAGCUUACCUAACAAGGUUUCUAUAAUGCAAAUUGCUUCUGAAAGGAAGGCUUACAUACUUGAUCUCAUAAAACUAUACAAUGAUGUUCCAGAUAUUUUAGAUGACUGCCUAGUGCGAAUACUUCAUUCUCCUAGAAUACUAAAACUUGGGUACAAUUUUCAAUGUGAUGUGGCUCAACUUGCUCGGUCUUAUGGAAGGCUGGAGUGCUUUAAGCACUAUGACAUGCUACUUGAUAUUCAGAAUGUUUUUAAAGAGCCGAGGGGUGGUCUUUCUGGUCUAGCGAAGAAAAUAUUGGGAACUGGUUUGAACAAAACAAGACGGAAUAGCAACUGGGAGCAACGACCUUUAACUCAAUAUCAGCUAGAAUAUGCUGCACUUGAUGCUGCUGUUCUCAUCCAUAUAUUUCGUCAUGUUCGUGGCCACACACAGCCUGCUGGUGUCUCCGAUGGACAUAACAAAAUUGAGUGGAAAUCACACAUUGUAUCACACAUGGAUAACUCGAGAAAGGGCAAGAAGGAAACCAAGAAAAAGGAACAAUGUCCUCCAACAAGCCAUGGGGUGGUCUGCCUUGAUGCUGAAUUUGAGCAAUGACACAUUCUGCCUAUGCCUUGAUGCUGACUAUGUAUUUAGUUAUGUGCAUAUAGUAACUUUCAAAUCGAAUUCUAAGAAACCAAUUAUAUGAACCUUGUUAGUUGCAGAGUGAUAUUGAGCAUAGCAGUUCUAAAUUUAGUUUGGCCAGUAUUUUAUCAAAAUUGCAGUAAAUAGUCUCUGGAA